AUCUCCGACUUUAUCUAAGCCAAACAUAAUAUAGUUGUCAAAGUGCUGGAGGCUAUUGUUUUUAUUUUGUGGAUCAUGACAACAUAUAGAUAAAUCAGAUAUUUAUAAAACGUAAUUUAAUCGAAAAAUUGCCCAGUCUCACGUUAGGUUGAGCUUCAACUUGAAGAAAAUCGAAAGGAUUUUAGAGACACGAUGGAUAUUCACUCGACAUACAUUGUUUUGGUGGUCAGCAUGAUUUCUUUGAUGAAUUUUUGCUCGGUCAAAAGCGAUGAUGCUCCUACAUAUUUUGAAAAUGUCAAAAAUCUCUCGUGGAAAUCGGCGGCGGAUCGCUGUCAAAAGAUUAACAAGAACUUAUGCCUGAGGAAAGAUCUUUGCCGGCAAAUAUCAAAAGGCAAUGUUCCGAAGCAGAGAAUAAAUGAUUUUGUAAAAGAUACUUGGGUACCUAUCUUGGACGAGUACAAUGAUUGGUUAUAUUUUGGACCAAAACGAAUUAGACAAUGCGAUAAACUCAGCGAAACUGAUGGACCCCCUUCGUGGGGUGAAGAAAAUUGCACAAAAUGGAAUGCAAACAUACCUCAUCGUAAAAUAAAAGUUUUUUGUCAAACUACCAAAGGAUUUUUCUGUUGCGAAAAGAACGAGGUUGUACAAAAACCAGUAGCACAUCCAGUUUCAAUUUAUGUCAAUAGCCGAAAGGAUAGAGGAAUUCCGUAUUACUCAUUUUCACUGGAAAGAGUUCGAGACAAAAAUGAUUGGUUUACUGAUAAAGCCUCGUGGCGUGAGAGUGGGAGAUUACCGGGUGACUUGAAAAAAUUUACAUUGAUGUCUAAUUUUGUUGAAAACAAAUUUGAAGAUCCUAUCUUCUUUUGCAUUCGUUCCAUUACAACGAAAGAUAACCUGCUUACAACAAUUCAUCGGAUCUCUAAAAGGUGGUGUAGCUAUCCCUGGAAAAAUAACUUUUACCUGUACGGUUCAUAUUCGGUUCCUUCAAACGCUUCGGCAGAGAGACUGAUAAUUGGGAGCAAUGGUUACGGCCUCGAUUUAAACUCACGAGUGGCGAUAAAAGACAACAAGGAAUUUCCAAAAAAGCACUUUUUGUAUGUACCCAGUAACGAAAAAUCGCGCCCUUAUAUUCAGACCACACAGCUUGCUAAAGACGGAUGUAACGGUAACGUGGAAAUGUUAUCAUCAGAAUCCGGCAUUAUUUCUUCACCGGGAUUUCCCGAAAAAUUCACGGCAAACGCUAAAAAGGAUGUAGUGUGUAAUUGGAAAAUCAGUGCGUCGAGAGGAAGCGUUAUAAGAAUUACGUUCAGAAUCAUAAGGCUCGAUAACGAGAAAAAACGGAGCAUCCCUACAUGGAAAUUCCAAAAUUUCGUAGGAGGAAGAGCUUCAUCUUUCAACUUCGACAUGAACUGCCUGAAGGACAAGGUCGAAAUUUCUGGAUAUGGCACGUUUUGUGGGAAUAGGCUGCCACCAACUUUUGUUACAAUCGACAAUAAUUUGAAUAUCAGCUUUUUGGGACGGCGGUCCAGCACUGGGAAGAGUUUUUCUCUGCAUUAUGAAAUUAUAAAACCCCCAAAUGAUCUCUCUAUGACGCGAAUUUCCGACGAAAAAUUGCAAUUCUUCACUUGGAGGUCAGCCAACGACACAUGUGCAAUCAAUGGGAAAACACUAUGCAAGUCAAAAGAUAUAUGCAGUCUUGGCAGCCGACCAUUCUAUGGCGUUAUGCAAGGUGAUCAAUGGGCUCCAGUUUUAGACGAAUACAAUGACUGGAUUCAGAUUGGCAGGGGAAAUGUUGAAACAUGUGGAAGACACAAUAGGAUUCAUGGACCUCCACAGUGGGGAACGCUGGAGAAGAAUUGUCACGGAUCAGAUAUGUCCCGUCCCUGUCCAACUAGGAAAUUUUUAUAUUGCUGUAAUCAUCCGGCAAAUUUUAUUGCUCAGUCCGACAAACCUAUCACUGUACUUAUUUAUUCUACUGUGCAAAAUGGAAAUAUAUUUUUCAAGUAUCUGAGACAAGGAAUAGACGACGAAACCAAAUUCGAUACAGACGGAAUAUGGACACCAGGUCGAAAGAAAAGAGGAGAUAUAACAUCCCUAAGACUAUAUCCGGAACGCGCUGAAGGAGUGGAUCGAGUUAUAUACUUCUGUUUUAAAGAAAUUGUCCCGGCGAUUGGAAAAUUGAAAACCGCGUAUUCAAUGUUCUUGCAGCCGUGUGAAUCAAAGAGUUGGAAGUUAUUGUAUUACUUGUACGCUAGCAACAAAAAGGAAGUAAGAAUGACGGCUGUACAUGUCGGAAUAUCGGAAAAACGGCCGUAUCAUAGUAGACCACAUCUCAGAUCAUUUCCAGAAACAUUUCAAGGUGACGAAUCGUUCAUCAUUUACAGUAUCGGCCCAACUACACAAUCUCAAGACAAGAAUCUGGAAUCAAAUGAUGAAGAUUCUGCUUGUUCUGGUAACACUUCUGUCAUUAUAGCUCCUAGCGUGUUAGAAUCUCCAGGUUAUCCAACGAGAUAUGGAAAUAACGUUGAGUGCAAAUGGCUCAUUAGGAUGCCAAAAUCAGAUCAGCAAAAGGGAAAUCGUUUACAAAUUACUAUUGAAGAACUAAGUCUGGAAGACCCUGUUGAUAUCCUAACCGUGUAUGUUGUACCAUCUUUCGCUGAUGUCGGAAAAGCAUUAAUUACCGGAGAAAGUUUUGGACUUCAUAGCAUUCGAAGGGACUUUACUGGCAUGGUCAGUCAAGUCACAAUGAAAUCUGAUGUCGCCUUUUUCCUUGUCUUCAAGUCCGACGAUACAGUACAAGACAAAGGAUUCCGAAUCAAAGCUGAAAUAUUGAAUAACAAGUGUGGUGGUCUUGUUACGAAAGACGGUGACAUCAUAUCAAGUCCUAACCACCCUUUACCUUACAUUGGCGGAACUAAAUGCAAAUGGUCUCUUCAGGCCCCAUCUAAGAAACACACGAUCGAACUGCAGUUUCAACAUUUUGAUUUGAUUUCUUCGAAGGAUUGUUCGGACAGUGUUAUCAUUGAUGGGAAAGGUUUCAAACGUAUAUCUUACUGUGGUGGUCAGACACCUCGUGGUGUAAUUAUAUUGAAUGCAAAUACUGCAAACAUAACGUUUAAAACAAAAUCUCGCACUAACUCAAAACCAAUAAAAGGAGGCAAAGGAUUUGCUGUUAGGGUCAACUUCGUUUCAACGGAAAAGACAAUAGCGGACGAUCGUUCGAUUAGACCCCAAUGCGGAAUUCAGUCUGUUCCAUUUGCGACAGCUGAUCCAGCAACAGACAGAAUUGUAAAUGGGCAAAAAGCUCAAAAUGGGAACUUUCCUUGGGUCGUUCAAAUCGGAAAGCCGAGGCUAAAUUGCGGAGGAUCACUAAUAAAUGAUCAGUGGGUUCUGACAGCCACACAUUGCUUCGUUGCUCAAUUUGUGCGAUCUCUUGGGAUAAUGCUUCUACAUGAAGAAUUAGACAAAUUUGUAGUGAUUGCUGGAAGAUAUGAAAGAACUAUCCCAUCCCCUGGUGAACAGCAUUUUAAUGUCACGGAGCUGAUGGUUCACGGAGGUUUCACCAGAUAUUCAGCACGCUGGCGAUAUCAGAGCGGGAUGUCAGUGUUAGGAAUAUUUCCAUACAACGAUAUUGCACUUCUGAAACUUUCAAAGAAGGCAGUGUUCAGUCCAACAGUUUCGCCAGUGUGUCUCCCUACACAGGAUGCAUUUGUCGGUGAUUUUUGCUACGUGGCAGGAUGGGGAUCACGGAAAGCUGAUAGUAUGGAUUUGGUCUCAGAAAUCAACUACGCAAAAGUUCCAAUUCUUGAUAACAGUUUGUGCAAUAGCUGGAAAGAAAUGAAAGGCACAAUCAUGGAAAAUGCUCUGUGUGCAGGAUAUCCGGAAGGAGGAAACGAUCAUUGCUGGGGAGAUUCGGGAGGUCCAUUGAUGUGCCGUGGUCGGUAUGGAAACUUUUAUAUCAAUGGAAUAGUCAGUUGGAGUCGAGAAUGCGGUAAAAAAAGAAUGCCUGGGAUAUAUACAAGAGUUUGGAAAUAUACCGAAUGGAUCAAAAGAGCGAUGGAAACAGUGUGAAACCAUGAACAAUAUUACAGUGAUAAAGUUCCUUGUAUCUGAUUAUAACACCACAUUCAGAAUCAGUGUUCGACAAUAAUAACUAUGUUCAAAAGUUUUUAUUAUCAUGCUGGAUAUGCGUGUGUUUUGUAUGUUUAAUAGUGUAAUUGAUUACUGCAUUUUCUUUUAUUGUUUUUGUUCAAUUGGUCUACAAUAGCAUAUCCUAAAAUGCAGAAUACGCCAGUGCGUCACCUAUGAUGUUACCAAAAUAAAAAAAACGCCUUAUUCAAUGAAUUUAAUUUCUUUAUGAGUGCAUUUUACAUCGUUUACAUCAUACAUUUUAUACAACCAAACAUUUCCCCUACUGGAUACGAAAUGUAUAUAUAUAAAUCGUUUUGUUAUUAUCAUGUUGUUGUUGAUAGUCAUUAUUUUCUUCUUCUUGUGGCAAAAUCGCUUUCACUAGACCAAUUGCUUUGAAAUUUCCAGUGGUUAAAGAUUUUAUUUGUCGCUAGAGGGCUAUUUCUUUUAUUCAUCUCAAAAUGGGCUCUGUGGGAUUCGUUUUUCUAUCCAAAGUCCAUGCUUGUCACUUGAUUAAUUGAAGUAAUGUUCAUUUUGCCCCGUCCAUCAGUGAUAUCGCGAUAAAUCGAAGAUCUUAGGCAUCAAAUGUAAACCUUGAUCAACGGAUAAUAUUAUUUCCAAUUCUCGAAAAUAUUUCACUAUAUGAUCUAUUGAUCAUUACAAAAUAAAACCCUUAACACCAGAUUACUCUAUCUACAGCAGUGUUUCCCAAACUUUUUCCUUCCAGCGCCCCCAUGAACGACUUUUUAACUAGCAAACGUCCCCCUAACAAAAGAAUCAAAGCAGCUUUAUUCUCCAUUUAUCAUUAGCAUAAUGUGAAGGUUGCGCCUAGUGAAAUGCCACCAGCUUGAUAAUAUCUGGCUUCAUUUCAGUAAAAAAACAGUCUUGAGUCUCUCCGUCUGACACUGUCAAGGUCUACACUAAAUACUGCACUAAAUACUCGCUCUACCAAGAAUGAGCUGGCAAGAGCAGUAAAAAACUUCUAACCUGAUGUCACUCGUGUUAAUAUUUCAAUUUGAUUCCGUUCCCAAAAAGAUGGAACACUGAACAUGGGUUUGAAAGUAUAAAACCAAUGGUAGUUGUGCAUUUUCGCUUCUGGAAAUUCAGGGUUAUCUAGAAAACGGAAUUCAAAAUUUUCUUCAUCAUCUCUAAAAAAUUAUUUAAUUUUAUUUGCGCUUGAACUUCUGUUUGCGUAUGAUUAUACUCAGAAGUUUCGCGAAAUUUUCAACCACUUACUU